UGAUGGAAGGAAGUAGACCUUUGCGCAAGCGCAGCAGCUGCACGCGUACUUUUGGAGUGUAGAUACUUAUACAUUUUCAUGUUUCGAUAGGUUGACACCGCUGUUCACCUUGUUAUUUUGUCUCUUGUGCUUCUCAUUUAGGUCUCUGUUUGAACUUUUAACAGCUGUUGCGAUAAAAUUUACACAGAAAAAGCUGAACUUUAACGGAAGCUAACUGGCUAGCUAGCUUAGCCCUACGAGUGGCAGCAUGGCAGCUGUGCUGGAGCUGGUUGUUGGGAGCUACGAGCAGGUCACCAUGGGGUACCGAGUAAACACUGAUGAGAAGGAGUGGACAGCCAAGGCAAACUUCACACAUCACGCUCAUAUGGCUUCUAUAUCAGCUGUUGCAGCCAGUGAGAAGUUUGUGGUCACAGGGAGUAAAGAUGAGACCAUCCAGGUGUACGACAUGAAGAAGAGAAUUGAACAUGGAGCUUUGUUGCAUCAUGACGGCACCAUCACCUGCCUGGAGUUUUAUGAUUCUACUCACUUACUAAGCGGAGGAGAGGAUGGACUCUUAUGUGUGUGGACCACGAAGAAAUGGGAGUGUCUGAAAACCAUCAAAGCUCACAAAGGCUCUGUCUCGUCGCUGUCCGUCCAUCCGUCGGGGAAACUUGUGCUCACAGUUGGGACGGAUAAGACUCUCAGAACGUGGAAUCUCAUUAAUGGAAGAUCAGCCUUCAUCAAAAACAUAAAACAGAAUGCACACAUUGUCAAAUGGUCUCCAGACGGGGAUAAGUAUGUGGUUGUGGUGAAUGACAAAGUUGACGUGUACAACCUGGAGACGGCCUCUGUGACAGGAACGAUAACAAACCCCAAGAGGAUCUCAUCCGUUAAAUUCUUAAAUAACUCCGUCCUCGCUGUCGCAGGAGAUGAUGAAAUUGUGAGGAUGUGUGACGUUGGAACACAGAAAUGGGUGUGUGAGUUUAAGGCUCAUGAAACCAGAGUGAAAGCCAUUGACAGUUUCAUGAUGAAGGAUUACUGCGUAUUGGUGACGGCCUCAAACGACGGAUUCAUCAAAAUGUGGAAACUCCAUCUCAAAGAGGAGCUGGAGUCUCCCACUCUCCUCGGGGAAGUGAACACAUCAGCCAGAUUGACGUGCCUCGCUGUGUGGAAACCGUCUUCAGUGCCUUCCUCCACCUCUACUGAGGAACCAGCAGCUGCUAAGGCAACAACAUCUCAAGAACUUGCCAGUGACCUUUUAAGGACAAAAAGAGUCCGAAUUGCAACAGAGGAAGUCAUUCUGGAAGAUGAGAGCAAACCCAAAAAGAAGAAAGAUGGUGGAAAAUCAAACAAAAAAUAAUAAAUAUGUUUUAGUAUUCAAGGACUUGUUUUAUUUGUUCACGUUUGUUCUUUGCAGUUGCCACAGGGAGGUGAUAACGUACAGCUAUUUUAUGAAUGUGUUUGCUGUCAACAUUGAGAAGAAAAAAAGUGCCAAUGCAAAAUGAGAUGGGCAACAAUAAAGAUGUUUUAUAAUCCA